GACACCUGCCACAUUCACUAACCAGCAUGGAAUAUUGGUUGUUAUUGUGGAUUUUUAGUAUAGUCGCGCGACUUGUGUUGCCGAAGUACGUCGACCCCCAAAUCUAUAUGAGGGCGCCGGAGAUGAUACGCUACAAUGGUUACCCUGUUGAGAUCCACAAUGUGACGACCAAGGACGGAUUCAUCCUCGAGACGCAUCGUAUUCCACGUGGACGACAGUCGAACAAACCAGCUGCCAAUAGACCAGUAGUUCUGUUUCAACAUGGCUUAAACGCCGGGUCCGACUCGUUCGUUGAGAAUGGAGUCGAUGGCAGCCUCCCGUUCAUACUGGCUGAUCACGGAAUGGACGUGUGGUUAGCAAACAGCAGCGGGAAACGUAUACGGGUUGGGAAAUAUAUACUAUAUUGGGACGAAAUGGCAUCACGUGACUUGCCGGCAGUGGUUGACCACAUCCUCACCGUAACCAAUGUCUGUCAGUUGUUUUACGUCGGACACUCCCAGGGUACCACGAGCAUGUUCGCCCAACUCAGCCAAGAUCCCGAUUUCGCAAAAAAGAUCAAACUGUUCAUCGCGUUUGCACCCAUUGGAAAGCUGGGACAUAUAAAAGGGAUACUGAGGCUUAUCGCUGACCUAACGCAUAAUGUCUCCGAUGUGUACGAGGUGUUCGGCCGGAAGUCUUUCAUGAUGAACUCCUCCAUUGCUACUUUCCUGGCUGCCAAGGUGUGUAACGAACAACCAAUCACUUUCAUCUGUUCAGUGGCCUCCAGUAUCACAGGGUUCGACAUCCAGCAGACCAACUGGACGAGAGUACCAAGGUACCUAGCUCAUGCCGCCGAGGGAACCUCUGUCCAGAAUAUGGCCCACUACAUCCAGGAAGUUAAUUCGGAUCGUUACCAGAAGUAUGACUACGGCUCACCUGUCCUAAAUAUGGCAAAAUACAACCGGACAACACCACCGGAGUACUUUAUUCAAAAUAUCAAGACACCAGUGGCAUUGUAUACCGGGAACAACGAUUGGCUGGCUAAUCCCACUGACGUUACCUUCCUCAUGGAUCACUUACCAAACAUUGUCAGGAAGAAAACGUUUCCCGACUGGGACCACGUGGACUUCAUACUAGCUAUGGAUGCGCCUAAAAUAUUAUAUCCGGAAGUGCUACAGUUGAUUAAAGAUACACAAGGGGUCAAAUAAACCAGCGUUAUAUACACGCCAUCAUGUA